UCCGAACUUCUAACUUUCAUUCUCUUGUUUGAAUUAUACCUUAACCUAUAGACUGCUGACUUCAAAUUUGUAUCCUAACCAAACGUGGCGUCAAAGUUGUACUGCUCAUCUAGCAUCAUUUUUGACCAAACGUCGGGCUGGCGGGCGAGGAUUGAUCGGGCUGGGUCAAGUGAGAGUCGGCAGCAGUUUUCUUCUUCUUCUUCUUCUUCAAGUGCAGUGGCAGUGCGGUUGCUAAUAUAAUCUGACGAGUUGACUGACGAGCUGCGGCAGCAUGGAGCAGGGCGACAAGAAGAUAGUGGGGCUUGAGGAGGGGUGGAGCUUUGUGGCCACCGGCUUGUCCAAGAUUAGGCGCGCCAUCGAUUGCGGUGGCGAGGGCUUAUCCUCCGGGGAGUACAUGCAGGUCUUCACGACGGUGUACUGCAUGUGCACUCAGGCGUCGCCUCACAACUACUCCGAGCAGCUGUACCAACGCUACAAGGAGGAUCUGGAUGACUACAUCAAAUCCAACGUUUUGACGUUUCUGAGGGAGUUGCGCGGCGAGACUCUGCUGAGGGAACUGGUGGAGAGGUGGAGGAACCACAAUCUGAUCGUCAGGUCUGAGACGAACAUCUUCCGCUACCUCAAUCGUUAUUACAUUUCAAAGCGGUCCCUUCCAUCAAUCCAACAAGUCAGCUCAAGUUCUUUCCACGACCUGGUUUUCAAUGAGCUCAAAAGUUCAGUGACAAGGACUGUGCUUGGCAUGAUUGAUGAUGAGAGGGAACACAAGCUUAUAGACCGUGACCUCCUCAAGAAUGUCCUUGCCAUCUAUGUCGAAAUUGGUUCUGGCAGUUUGCGCAUAUACCGAGUUGAUUUUGAACAGGCAUUUCUCGAGAGUACUAAAAAUUAUUAUUCAAGGAAGUUCCAAUCCUGGAACCUGGAUUACUCAGACGACCAUGAUUACAAGAUCAAGGUUGAGGAAUGUUUACAGACCGAGAGGGAGCGCGUUGCGAACUAUUUGCAUCCCUCAACUGAACAAAAGUUAAAUGAGGUUGUGAAAUCAGAAUUGAUAACAAAGAACACAGCCUGAAUACAAGUCAUAAUGAGGAUAUUCUGAAGGGGGAACUUAUCAAAUAAAUCAAGCUUGUUUUGGAGUAUUAUGUUUCAAAGGAUAGUUAGGUUUUAUUAUCCUAAUCCUAGUACAUACAUCCGUAAGAGAAUCAUUUUUGUGAAAUUUCCAAUUGAUUGAAGUUCCAGGUUUGCACCAA